AUUUCUCGAUAGGGACUGUGAUCGUUUUGACUGAAGCAAAGUAGUUUGUUGUUGCACCUGCUAGUGUGUACGUGUGAAUGCGGUCUCUACUAUCAAAGCCAUUCGUUACCAUAGAUACCUUAUAUUUGAAUGAAUUCACAAACAAAUUGUGGUCAAAACGAUUUUCCUUUGUGUAUUUCUCAUUGCGGAGGAAAAAUGAUAACACAUUUCGAUUAAUUUCAAUUAAUUGAAAUACAUUCAAUUUGCAAAGUUGUUGUGAGCAUAACAAGUCUGAAAAAUGUCGAGCGGAAAGAUGUUAUUUCGUUUAGAUUUUCCACAUGGACCAGGGAAGGUUCAUUUUACAUUUCAAACGGGUAGUUCAGGCAAUCAUCUAGUCACUACCGGUUCAGAUGGAACGGUUGCAGUUUACAAUCGUCAAGGGCAUCUACAAGAUCGAAUUGUGUUACAAGCACUGUGUACUGGUUUGGCUUGGGAUCCAGAGGGCGAUAUACUAAGUAUCAUUACGAAUAGUUCUUCUCAGAUAAUCCUUUGGGAUAUAAAUACGCGUCAGAAACAUAUUGUGGAUACUGGACUUAGAGACUCAUUGUCAUGUAUUUUAUGGUCGAAAUCGACACAAAUAUUAGCUGUAGCUUCAACUCGAGGGAAUUUGGCCAUUUAUAACCAUCAAACGACAAAACGAACACCGAUCUUGGGAAAGCAUUCAAAACGUAUAACAUGUAGUGCAUGGUCAAAAGAUAAUAUUUUAGCAUUAGGCUCGGAGGAUAAAACAUUUUCGUUGAGCUCGGAAGAUGGAGAUUCAUUGAGAGUUAUACAAUUGAGAGACGUUCCGAGUGAUAUGUGCUUUGCUGAAAUAAAAACAGACGAACGUGUGCCCGGUGAAAAUACGAUCAGUAUGAUAAUUGGCAAGAAGACGCUCUACUUGUACCAUUUGCCUGAACCAGAUUCGCCGGCUGAGCUGGGUUUUCAGAAUAAAUAUGGAAAUUUAUUACAACACAAGUGGUUUGGCGAUGGAUACAUUCUAUUGGGGUUUUCACAAGGAAAUGUCGUGGCAAUAUCAACACAUCCUAAAGAAGUUGGACAAGAAUUAUGGCAAAUUCGAAACCACCGCGAUUUUUUGAGUGCGAUUGCCGUCUCGAAGGCAUUAGAACAGAUUGCUUCGUGUGGUGAUGACAAAAUCAAAAUUCAUGCCAUUAGUAACUUACAAGAGACUGUGAGUAUUCUCACCGUUCCCGAUCAGUCUGGCAUCAAAGCAAUGGAUUGGAGCGUUGAUGGACAAUUAAUUGCAACAUCGACCACGCAAGGGUCUGUGUAUAUUUUCGUCACAAAAAUGUCCAUUUUAAGCGCCGUUUCCUUCCCACGCAUCGCGAUUCUCAGUAGCUUAGCUGAGGUCAGCAUUUACAAUUACACAUUGGAUAAAAUCAAAACUCCGCAUGUUGUUAUGCCGCUAGAGAUUGAACCUUCGGUCAUUGCAGUUGGUCCAUUUCAUUUCGCGUGUGGCAUGAACAAUCAUGCCUGGUUCUAUGAUCUUAGUCACCCUACUGACGAUAUGCCAAUGCCGCUUGGCGAUAGAGAAUACAUUGCUGAAAUCAACGAUCUCAAAUUGAAUGCCAAAUACUGUGCCGCACUUAUUGGUGGCAGAGUUUCACUACACCCAAUUUCAUCAAUUACCACCGUACUGAAAGAUCAACAAGCAAGAAUGUUCCCUGAAAAUACCCAUGGCAUGCAGGAAUCUGUGAUAACUUCAAUUUUAUUGACCUCCGAAUUUUUAAUAUUCUCCAAUGACCUCGGUCAUUUGGUUUUCUUUUCGCUGGAAUUCUGGACAAACGUAGUUACAUAUCGUCAUACAGUGGGUAUUCGAAGCAUACAUUCUGACUCUGAUGGAACCAAAAUUGCAUUUAUGGAUGAUCAUAAUCAGGGAUACAUUUACUGUCCGUCGGAUGAAGAUGCAGUUAUGAUACCAAAUUUUCCAAAAAAUUGCACCAAAAUUCUAUGGGACUCGAUGCCAAGUCGCACAUUUGUGGUUUUUGAGAGCAAAUUGUGUACAACAUACAUCUAUUCCAAAUACUCAAUAAGUAAUAAACACGUAAUGAAAAUUAGUGAAACGUCUGUGUUGUCGAAUCAAACGCCACUAAUACUAUACGAUAGUGAAUUGUGCCUAGCAACGAGUGAUGGUAGUCUGUCAACAGUUGUAUUGACUUCGCACUUGAAUUUGCCUUCGAUCGAAACGAAAGAUCAACUCAAAACAUUCAUUGAUAUGCGAAGAUUUGAUGAUGCCUGGCAUUUAUGCAAAACAAUGAAUAAGCCCGAAGUAUGGCUUGAGCUUGGAAAGGCUGCAAUUGCAGAGCUUGACAUCAAUUUUGCAAUCAGAGUGUUUCGUCAAAUUGGAAAUGCGGCUACUGUAUACGCUCUGAAGAAUAUAUCUUCAAUUGAAGAUAUAAACUUCAUGUCUGGAUUUUGUGCUCUGUUGCUCGGUGAAACUGAUAAAGCCAAAACCUUCUUUGCAAAAAGUAUAAAUCCCGUGGAGGCGCUAGAUGUAUGUCGUGAUCUACUACAAUGGGAACAAGCGAUUGCACUUGCUGACACAUUGGCUCCCGAUCAAAUUCCACUUAUAGCUAGAGAAUAUGCCCAUCAACUUGAAUUCACUAAUCGAUAUGUAGAAGCAUUGGCAAAUUAUGAGAAAGGUAUGGACAAGAUUACACUGAACCGAAUACAAUUGAACGAAACAGCUUUGGAAGAACACAAACAAAUGUGUGAAUUUGGUAUUGCACGUACAAACAUUAAACUGGGCAAUUUCAAGAAAGGGAUUGGUCUUGCGACGGAGUUAAAAGAUAAAAAACUGUUCGAAGAUUGCGCUGAAGCUCUAACCAUCAUGAAUGAAACAGUUGAAGCGGCACGAAUGUUUGAAUUGGCUGAAAAUUGGGAUCAGGCGUGUCAGCUUUAUGUUCAGCUAAAGGCGUGGCAAAAAGUUCACUCGAUUUUGCCACAUGUUACGAACUCCAAAAUGCAUGCCGUUUAUGCAAGAUCAUGCGAAGCCGAAGAAAACUUCAAUGAAGCCAUUGAAUAUUAUCGUAAUGCAGGAGAUUUGGAUAGUGUGGUGCGAAUUUAUGUGGAAAAAUUAGCGGAUCCGCAUAGUGCAGCUGAAAUUGUUGUUGAAACACGAUCACUCGAAGGGUCAAAGCUAUUGGCGCAUUUCUAUCAAAAUGUUGGAGAUCACGAGCAGGCCUUACGAUUCUUAAUUCUUUGCGGUUCACUUCAACCAGCGUUCAUACUGGCAAAAAAGCACAACAAAAUAAGACAGUACGCUGAACUGCUUGAACACGCAGACACCGCCAGCCCCAGCCACUUCUUAAGUAUUGCUGAGUAUUUUGAAAAUGAAAAAUACACCCUUUUGGCCGGAAAAUACUACUACUUUGCUAAAGAAUAUGCUAAGGCCCUAAAACAUCUACUAAAAGCAUCAACAUUUAGUAUGGACGAGAGCACAGCUCUUGUAUUGGCUGUUGAUUGUGCUGCUUCAUCAAACGACGACAAAAUUGCCAAUCAAUUGAUUGAAUUUCUACUUGGAGAACGUGAUGGAUCACCAAAAGACCCAAAAUACCUAUUUGGUUUGUACAUGGCGCGAAAGCAAUUUAAAGAAGCCGCAAAAACGGCUGUCAUUAUCAGCAAUCAAGAACAAAUAGCAGGGAAUUAUCGAAAUGCGCACGAUCUUCUUUUUUCCAUGUACCAAGAAUUACGUAAAAAUAACCUAUCUAUUAGUGCUGUGAUGGUGGGGAAUUUAGCUCUACUUCAUCGUUAUACAUUGGUUCGAACUCAUGUUAAAAUUGGGGAUCAUAAUCAAGCUGCUAAACUGUUAAUUCAAGUUGCUGCAAAUAUUUCACGGUUUCCCGCGCAUACAGUUCCGAUAUUAACGUCGACUGUAAUCGAAUGUCAUCGGGUAGGAUUCCAGAAAGCGGCCUUUUCCUAUGCCUCAAUGCUAAUGCGAUCUGAAUUUCGUGGCCAAAUCGAUCAAAAAUACGCAAAGAAAAUCGAAGCAAUUGUAAGAAAAGCUCCCAAUGGUAUAAAGGAAACUGAAGAUGAAUAUCAAGAUGAAGUGCAAGCUUGUCCAAUUUGUGACUGCCGUUUACAGAUCAUGGAACUUACAUGUCAUCAGUGUAAAACGAAUUUACCAAUGUGCAUUGCAACUGGUCAACAUAUCGUAAAAGAAGAUGUCGUCGCCUGUCCUGCCUGUGAUUUUCUAUGCUUCAAAUCACAAAUGACAAAAAUUUUAAAUGCAACCAAUCAAUGUCCCAUGUGCAGUGAAAUUAUUGAUUCAAACCAAUUAAACGAAGUGACAAAUAUUGCGGAUUAUCUGAAUAUAUCCUAGGGCUCUUUAUUGAAUAAUGAACAAUAUUUUUCUUUAAUUUUUAUUCAAUAAUACGUUUUGAGGAAAGCACAUACUCAUCUAAGCAAAUUUUGUUUUUGGUUUGGAAAUUUAAUUGUUGUUUGAUUAGCUGAAUCUUAACGGAAAUGUGUGACUUGAUUUAAUAAAACGUGUAUUUUUGUUUUCAAAACGAUUAUCGUCAAAUGUAGAAGAAAUGGGUCAUUUCAAGUUCAUUCUUUCAACCUUUUGCCUGUUUACGUCACGAUGAACAAUUUUGGGCACAACAAAAACACAUUAUUUUCGAUCACAAAUUAAAUUGAUCUGUGAUUAUAAAGAUUUAUUUUAGUUAAUUAUUAUUUAAUUUUUUUUUUCUUUAAAUCGCUCAGAUAAAAUAGUUCGUUAAAUUAAUCAUUACAUAAUAAUAAAUUACGGUCAUUCAAGAAGGGAAUUUCGUUUAAUUUUGAAAUGAAAUUUUAUUGUUCUUUGUUUUCAUAACGAAUAAGAAAAUGAUCGAGUGGAAAAAAUGGAAUAAUGUCUAUUGAACAGAUUAAAAACACACAGAAUAAAAAAUAAAGAGUUAACCAAUCAUCA